ACGUCCGUGACAGGCGCUUCACGUGUGUUUUCCUCCAAGGUGAAGUUGAUGUUUUCUGGUUCCUCUCAUGUAGUUUCUCUCGGCGGAGGUGAAGCUGCUCCCUGAGGAUGUUCAAGCUGCUCCGCCUUGGUUUACACGAGGCCGCGGCUCUGCAGGGCCGCCGGCCGGCCUGCUGUGUGUCCGCCCUGCGGGACCGGCCGCCGGGCUCCCGGGGCCCCCGGGACUCCCGGGGCUCCGGCCCGGUGCUCACCCAGCAGCUCUGCCUCCCAGCCCGGACAGCAUGCAGGUUUUACAGCAGCAGGAGAAGAGAGAGGCGGGACACAGCCGAGCUCCGCUACGCCUCCACCGUGGAUCCAGACCAGGAGGAGCAGUUCGUCUUCCUGGAGGAGGCCGAGCCGGAGCCGCAGGUCCCGCAGCUGGAGCCGGGACCCCCCGCUGCUCCCGGGCCGCAGGUGUCCUCUGGCAGGACGGGGGCCGGCAGACAGCAGCGGGCUCUGGAGCGGCAGCUGCAGCAGCUGCAGGCCGAGCCAGACCCGGACCCGGAGCCGGACUGCAUCCACUUCCAUGACACGGACUUCCCGCUGGACCAGAGCAUCCUGACGGCCAAGAGGAAGAGGACGAAGAAAGUUAAAGGUCAGCAGAAGAUCUUCGGCUCUCCUGAUGUGGACGAGCCGGUCAGCGACGUGUGCUGCUCAGGCUGCGGCGCCUUGCUGCACUGCGCCGCCGCCAACGUGGCGGGCUACCUGCCCAGCGAGAAGUACAAGGCUCUGCUGCAGGAGGGGCGGCUCGGCAGCGCCACCUGCCAGCGCUGCUACCUGCUGACGCACCACCGCCGGGCGCUGAACGUCACCAUGUCCAGGGAGGAGUACAGGGACAUCGUGCGCGGCAUCAAGUCCCAGAAGGCCCUGGUGCUGCUCAUCGUGGACCUGCUGGACGUCCCGGACUCCAUCGUGCCCGACCUGCUGGAGCUGGUGGGCGGCGGCAAGCACAUCGUCGUCCUGGGCAACAAGGUGGACCUGCUGCCGGGGGACUCGCCCAACUACCUGCAGCGGAUCAAGCGGCAGCUGUCGCAGUACUGCGUGGACGCCGGCCUCGGGGACCGCGUCACGGACGUCCACCUGAUCAGCGCCAAGACGGGCUACGGCGUGGAGCGGCUGAUCUCCAGCCUGCAGAGCUCCUGGAAGUACAAGGGCGACGUGUACCUGGUGGGCACGGCCAACGCCGGCAAGUCCACGCUCUUCAACACGCUGCUGGAGUCCGACUACUGCAAGUCCAAGGCCUCUGACGUCUUCCACAAGGCCACCAUCUCACCGUGGCCUGGUACGACUCUGAACCUGCUCAAGUUCCCCAUCAUCAACCCGACGCCGUACCGGAUGAUGCGGCGGCGGGAGCGGCUGAGCGAGGCGGCCCGGCAGGCGGACAGCGAGCUGCCCCCCGCCGAGCUGAGGAGGCUGCAGCAGCUCAGCAGGCACGGCUACCUCGUGGGGCGCGUUGGCAGAACGUUCCGGGCGGAUUCUGGAGCCAGACGUCAUGUGAUCGAGUUCGACGCCGACAGCCUGGCGUUCGGAGAGAACGCCGCCGGAGAGCCGACGCAGCCCGCCUCCAGCUCGUCGCCGGACGUCGAGUUCAGCCACAACGAGCUGAAAGACGCCCACUGGCUGUUCGACACGCCGGGCAUCAUGAAGGAGCGAGACAUCCUCAGCCUGCUGACCGAAGAGGAGGUCAAACUGCUGGUUCCCACGCGGGCCAUCGUCCCGCGGACGUUCGUGCUGAAGCCCGGGACGAGCCUGUUCCUGGGCGGCCUGGGAAGAAUCGACUACCUGCAGGGUGAGAGGUCCUGCUGGUUCUCGGUCGUGGCGUCCAGUCAGCUGCCGGUUCACCUCACCAGCGUGGAGAAGGCCGACGCCGUUUACCAGAAACACGCAGGACACACACUGCUGGGGGUUCCUCUGGGUGGAGCAGAAAGGAUGCAGCAGUUUCCAGCUCUGGUGUGUGAGGACGUGAGGCUGCAGGGUGAAGGUUUCCUGCAGGCCACGGCCGACAUCAAGCUCUGCUCUGCAGGCUGGGUGGCGGUGACGGCGGCCGAGGGCCAGCAGCUGCUGCUGAGGCUUCACGGUCCCGCGGCGGCCGGUUUCAGCGUGAGGAAGCCGCCGCUGCUGCCGCACGUCGUCGCUCUCAAAGGGAAACGGAUCCACAGAUCUGCCGCCUACAAACCGGUGAGGCCGGCGGCGCUGGUGGACAGCAGCCUGUCGGCACCCGGCAGCAGCAUCAAGAAGAAGAAGAAGAAGGAGGAGGAAGAGAAGAGGAAGGAGAGGAAAACGACGUGAGGCUGGGAACCUUCAGGAGGAGGCGACUCAGAUUCUCUCUGAGCCGACCGAUCCACACUAAAAGACUGCUGGUGCCUCCUGUCCACAGGGGAGUGUGUGUGUGUGUGUGUGUGUGUGUAUGUGUGUGUUUUAUGCUCAGUGUUGCAGCGGUUCCCAGAUUCAGACACUUGAUGGGCGUGGCUUCUCCUGAUGAUUGACAGCUGCUCUCUCCUGUAACCGCACCAACACGUCCUUGCUGCACCUGAGAGGCUGGACUUAAUGUGAUUUAAUGUGACUUCUUGCAAAAUUUCAUAUUCAUGGAUGUAAACUUCCAAACAAAAACCACAGUUCCUUGUUUUCAUUAAGGAAACAGAGCAACAUGUAUCAACAGUUUCUUUAUUGCAAAACACGAAGGCAGUCAGAGCGGUGACUGCCAUAGUUUCAGUGUUUCUGUCUGAGUUUUUUUGUAUUUUGUGUUAGAGGCUGGAUGUCUGCAACCAAUACUGAAUUCAUUGUUUUUGUCUUAAAAUAAAGAUUUGUAAAAAAUUAAAAAAUGUGAUUGGACAAAUGCGUCACCAGUGGGCCGUCCUCUGUGGGCGGCUCGUUUCCAAAGUUUCUUGGACGUUGGGAAAACAGUUCAGCCAAACAUGUCUCUGUAAACAUCACAGACUCGUGUGAAUACCGUCCAUGUGUUUUAAGAAGCCAGGGGAUGUUGGUAUAAAAAUAUUUGCUAAUUAAUGCAUUAAUUAGUUUAAUGAACUUUUAUUGUUGAAUGUAUGAUGGCGACAGGAAGUCAGGCAGCUCCAGUGCCUGUUGUCAUCACAUUUUUAUCAUUUUCUUUUCCAUCUUUUUCGUUUGAUUUCAUUACAUGGACAGAAAAGGAGCUUGUUAAUGGACAGAAGGAUUUACAUUUAAUAAAAAAAAAAGUCAGAUUCUCACAUCUGAUGUUAAUCGUUGUGCCAUUUAACAGUUUUCAACUUUCUGUGGGUAAGAAAAGCCUAGAAAUCUCUGUUCUGUCCAGUUUAAUGUGAUUUAUGGAACUACAUUCUUUAUCAAGUCCAUACUUGUGAGCCACUGAUU